GUGUCCCGGGAUCGUGACGUGUAGCUAUGGAUCCCGUGCUGUACAUUGCGGCUGCCGCGCUGCUGGCAGUGGUGCUGGUGUUCGUAACCAGAAUCAGGGGGCGGGCGGAGCAAGCUGACCAGGAACAGCAGCAUAAUGUUGCCGCCACGGCAGCGGCAAGGCCUCGGCCCCAGCCAGUGGAGCGUAGGGAGGGAAUGCCGCGACCCAGGAGGAAUGUUAACAGAAUGAUGGCUCAGGCAAGAGCACGACACUUAGAGGAGGAGAGAGAAGUUGUCGAACAUGAUGAUGGUGAAGAUGCAGAGGAGUCUCCUGAACCCCAAGCACCUGGAAAAAUUGGGGCUAAAAAACAGAAGAAACUGGAAGAAAAACAAGCACGAAAAGCGCAGAGGGAGGCAGAUGAAGCAGAGCGAGAAGAGCGUAAAAAGAUGGAAUUAAAGAGAGACGAAGAGAGACGCAAAGAUGAUGAGCGGGUCAGGCUUGAGGAGGAAAAAAAGGAGGAAGAAGAGCGGAAAGCCAAGGAGGAAGAAGAGAAGAGGGAGUAUGAAGAAUACCUGAAACUAAAGGAGAGCUUUGUGGUGGAGGAGGAAGGGGUUCAGGAGUCCAUGACAGAGGAGGAGUCCCGCAGCUUCCUUACAGAGUUUAUUAACUACAUCAAGAAUUCAAAGGUGGUAAUAUUAGAAGAAUUGGGAGCUCAUUUUGGCCUUAGAGCACAGGAUGCCAUCAGCAGAAUACACGAUUUACUGGCAGACGGAUCAAUAACUGGUGUAAUUGACGACAGAGGGAAGUUCAUCUACAUCACUGUAGAGGAAAUGGCUGCUGUAGCUCAGUUUAUCAGGCAGAGAGGACGGGUCUCCAUAUCAGAACUGGCCCAAGCAAGCAACAAGUUAAUAAACCUGACUCCCGACACCAGCGUUGUUCCUCUAGAAGUUUCCUGAACAGCUGUUGAUCAUAGACUUUGUGAAUUAGAGCGGAAACUGUAUGAAAAUAGUAUCUUAAAGGUUAAUUUUCAUUAAAAAAAAUGUAUAUCAAAAUGA